CAGUCGCUCAGUUCCCGCAGCCCCAGCUGAAUAUCUUUUCUAAAACCAAGGAAUCCUAUCCAGAUAUCCCACUAUGAACUUCAACAAGAUCUUCGUGUUCGUGGCCCUCAUCCUGGCGAUUAGUUUCGGACAAUCUGAAGCAGGUUGGCUGAAGAAAUUGGGCAAGAGAAUUGAGCGCAUUGGCCAGCACACUCGAGAUGCCACCAUUCAAGGUCUGGGGAUUGCGCAACAAGCCGCCAAUGUGGCAGCCACCGCCAGAGGAUGAGCUCUAAAAGUCCUGCAAAGGGCUUCUCGCCAGGACACCUGCUUAAUUACACACACUUAUUUAUUUGCAAUCACACAUAGGAAUAAACUAGCUUACAUCCCCGUAA